CGAGCGGCGCUGCGGGGCCGUGGGAGGAAGCGCUGCGCCCGGCCCGACGGCGCUCGUUGAGCCACAUCCGCGGGUCGCCGGCGACGUUGCCGGCGCCUGUCAAGGCCCCUCCAUUUUGAAGGAAGAGGCCGCCGUUCCCCCACCGCCGGGGCGGCAGCCGCGCUCAUGGCGUUCAGUCCCUGGCAGAUCCUGUCGCCCGUACAGUGGGCCAAGUGGACGUGGUCCGCGGUGCGCGGUUCUGGCGCCGGAGAGGACGAAGCCGCAGGUCCCGAGGGCGACCCCGAGGAUGAAGAGGACUCUCAAGCCGAGACCAAAUCCCUGAGUUUCAGCUCGGAUUCUGAAGGUAAUUUUGAGACUCCUGAAGCCGAAACUCCAAUCAGAUCGCCUCUCAAGGAGUCUUGUGAUUCAUCACCGGGAUUGGCAGAACCCGUGGCCAAACCCCAAGAAUCUCAAGAAGCCGAUGAACAGUUGGUAGCAGAAGUAAUUGAAAAAUGUUCACCCGAUACAUGUUCUAGAUCUUCAGAAAAUGAAGCGCCACGGACAACUGUUGAUUCUCACCCAGCCAAGGAUGUCAAAGGGAAGGUGGAAUACGAUGUUAGCAAGAUCUCGGUAGUGAGGCCGUUUUCAAUAGAAACCAGGAAUUGCACAGAUGACCCUGCGGCUCUUGGAACAGCAGCAGCCCCUGGCUGUGUCCCGGUGCUCCCAGGCAAGGCCUUGCCUUCCACCACACUGGGAGCCACGCCCACCACACCGGAAGCCACUCAGGAUGAGCCAGUGAUGGACAGAGGCAUGGGGGUUACAUUGGAAGCUUUUACAGAAGCCAGUCUGAAGACUGGAGGUCCCUGUCCAGAGCCUGUGGCCAGCAGAAGCAAGCUAAGAAAGCCCAAACCUGUCUCCCUGAGGAAGAAGACUGCCUCUGAACCGGAAAUGUUGAUGGAGGGUUCACCUCUCCCUAAGGCUUCCUCCCCAUGGAUUCCUGAUGAGUUGGAUCAGAACGCGAAUCCUAGUACGCCGAGAGGCUCGGGGGCCCAGAGAUCUCCCCUUAACCUUAAAGAAACAGCUGGUGUUCUCAGUAAUGGCACCAGUGACUCAGGGGCUGAGCUGCAGGGUGGGUCCAGGGACUCACCUCUCAAAUUUGAGGAUGAUGUUACAGAAGACGGGGAGAAUGUCAAGACCAGGAGCAUCCUUCCGAAGCAACCUGGCAGGAAACCCAGCAACAAACUGGCACCCGGUAUCCGAAAAGAUGGCGUCAGUAAGCCAGUAGGUGUUGAGCAGCCUGCAGACCCAACAGUUCAAGAUGCCUCUCUCGCCCAGACAUCUCCUAAGCUAGAUCCGAGUAAACGGGGUCAUCCUAACUUUAAUUCCUUCGGGAGCAGCCCCAUUCUGCAGAACUCCCUGCCCCUCUCCUCCAAAGACUCCCACCACUUUGACCCAAAUAACAUUAACAUUGAUGAAUCUGUGGAUCCCUGUAAGCCAACCCCAGCUUUGACCAGCAGCGGCUUUUGUUCUGCCACUGGUAAUCAUGUUAAUGAAAUCUUAGACUCACCCAAGAAGGCAAAGUCGCGUUUAAUAACGACCACUGAGCAAGUGAAAUUUCUCUGUUUUCUGUUGAGCGGCUGCAAAGUGAAGAAAUACGAAACUCAGCCUCUCGAUUUGGAUGCGUGUUCUGAGGAUGAAGGAGCCGUGAUCUCAGACAUUCCUAACAGGGACGGCCACGCGACUGAUGAGGAGAAACUGGCCUCCACAUCCUGUGCUCAGAAGUCAGUGGGGGCUGGGGUCAAAGGCAUAGAAAAGGAGACAUGCCAGAAGAUGGAGAAAGAGGAGCUGGCUGUACAUGGACUGCUGGAGUCCUCUUCAGAAAAGGCCCCCGUGUCUGUGGCCUGCGGGGGUGAGAGCUCCCUGGAUGGGAUCUGCCUCAGCGAAGCAGACAAGACUGCCGUGCUCACGUUGAUCAGAGAAGAGAUAAUCACUAAAGAGAUCGAAGCAAAUGAAUGGAAGAAGAAGUAUGAAGAGACCCGAGAAGAAGUCCUGGAGAUGAGGAAAAUUGUGGCAGAAUAUGAAAAGACCAUUGCCCAAAUGAUUGAGGACGAGCAGAGGACAAGCAUGAGUUCUCAGAAGAGUUUCCAGCAGCUGACCAUGGAGAAGGAGCAGGCACUGGCGGACCUGAACUCUGUGGAGAGGUCCCUUUCUGAUCUCUUCAGGAGAUACGAGAACCUGAAAGGCGUGCUAGAAGGAUUCAAGAAGAAUGAAGAAGCCUUGAAAAAGUGUGCUCAGGACUACUUAGCCAGGGUUAAGCAGGAAGAGCAGCGAUACCAGGCCCUGAAGGUUCACGCAGAGGAAAAGCUGGACAGAGCCAACGAGGAGAUUGCUCAGGUCCGCUCCAAAGCGAAGGCUGAGAGUGCCGCUCUCCAUGCUGGACUCCGGAAGGAGCAGAUGAAGGUGGAGUCCCUGGAGAGGGCCCUUCAGCAGAAGAAUCAAGAGAUUGAAGAACUGACAAAAAUCUGUGAUGAGUUGAUCGCAAAGCUGGGAAAGACCGACUGAGAAUCGUCCCGUGAGCUGUGCAGAUCCGAGUCUGGCUGCUUCUGUCGUGACCACAUUAUCUUGCCUUAUCCAGAAAUAUUGUCCCCUCCCCCUUGCAGAGAAAAGUAACUGUUUCAAAAGCACAUGCCUGUUGCUGCCGCCCUUCCUCCUGCUCAGCUGCUGCCUCUGCAGCUGCAGCCUGGCUGGUGGAGAGGGAGUCACAUGACAGCUCUGCCCUGCAACCUGGCCGCCAGCUUCCCUUAGAACAGGCUGCUGGGUCUGGCUUGUGCUUUUCCAGCUUGAGUUCAUCUAGCUGUCAUCUUUGCUUUUCCCAAGUUUGUGAAAUUUCUAAUUUGGUGGCAACUGUGUGGGUUUAUCUUCCCAGCUCCUGUUUGAUAUUUUUAUGACCUAGUUAAUCUUUUAAAUUUUCAGUGUCAGGAGUUUUACUGAAGGGGGCAGUCUGACCCGUCAUCACUAGCACCUUGUGGAUGGGACUCCAAACUCCCUUUUAGUUACAGACUUACUCAUGCAUGUAUUCUAUACAUUCUGCUCCUUUUCCCGAGGCAUAUCCAGAUAAGAUCCUCUAGGGAGGAGGUAGUCACAUAAAGAAAUGUAGGCUCUUAUUUUGAAACAGAGCCCUAGGUCUAAAAGCCAGCUUCAGACGUGGUAGGGGCUGGGGACCUAGCUCUACUGGAGAGUGUUCCGGUACACAGAGCCCUGGCUUUGUCCCCCAGAACUACCAACACUGGAUAUGGGAGUGCAUGCCUGUAAUCGCAACACUCCAGAGGCGGAGGCAGGACGACCGGAAAUCCAAGGUCACCCUCAACUGCAUAGCCACUUGGAGGCCAGCCUGGACUAUAUGAGGCCUUGCUUCAAUCAAGGAGUGAGUGGAAGCAUGGGGUAUCCCAGCUAGUGGGAGGUGGGACAGGAAGAUCACUUGAGCCCAGAGUUUAAGGACAGCAGUGCACCAGGCAAAAAGUCUUUUUCUCAAAAAUCAAACAGCCGAACCAAAGCCUGAGUCAGGGUAGAGAGGUUGAGGAUGCAAAGGCUGGGGGACCUAGGUUUCAUGUCUAAGGAAGAUGUGCUGUGCUGUCUGCUGCCCCGGUACAGGGUAGAGAGGUUGAGGAUGCAAAGGCUGGGGGACCUAGGUUUCAUGUCUAAGGAAGAUGUGCUGUGCUGUCUGCUGCCCCGGUAUUUGACUACCCCAGGACCUCAGCAUGGUCUCUCGUGCUCAUACCAAAAGCAGCAGUACCUCGUGACCAGGGCUGGCCUCCCUCGGAGCUGGCCUCGGAUGCAGGCGUCCACCCCGGGGCUGAUUAGUCUCUAAAGCAAAAUCGACUUCUGUUAUCUAUUUGAAACACACCAGUGGGACGUGGGAAAGGUUUAGCUCAUCUUGUGAAUAGAUGACGGAAGCCCACAUCUAUUCAGAGAGUGAAGAGCCUAGGUUUUCCCUGUUUAAAGGCACGGCACCCUUUUAGAGACUUAAAAAUAACAGCAACGGCAAACACCUUCAUACUCGAGAUGGGCUUUUAAACAGAACAGGCCGUAAAGAGUCCUGUGGCUCAUUCUCCAAACCAGCCCCUGGGAAUAUUCUAAACAAAGACGGCUUGAAUGCUGGGAAGCGGAGCAGGGAGGAGGCCACACAGACAAAACAGAAUUCUAUGAACUCAUACUGGACUUACCCUGAGGGGCAUUAACCCCCAAAUAGAAAUUUCCUUUGUUGAUGCUCGUGUCUCCUCUCCAUCUGACAGGAAAGCCAAAUCCACUCAAGUUCUGAUGCCUUUUUUUUUUUUUUUUUGCCUUAAUCUUACACCCUGUGUCUUCAUGGUAAAUGUGCACUAUUUAGCACACACGCAUAUCUCUCCUUGUAAAACCAUUGCAUGAGCUGACUCCAGCAAUGAAUUGUGCCUGAUGGAGAACCUCCAUAGAUCUUAAAAACAGCGUCCCUUUAGCAGCGUGUUGCCAUGUGCUGUAACCUUUAGCCCCAGGGAAGUGAGUAAUGUCUUUUCAAGCUAGAAAUCACAUUUUUGUCAAUAUGCAUUUAUUAUAACCGGUGCUUAGGUUGGGCUGUAUUCUGAGGCCUACUGUCUUUUAACAUUUUGUACAAAAAA